AUGUGGUCACCAAUUCUCUUACUACUAACCUGCGUUCAUUUCACCGCCAGUCAAGUGGACUACGCAAAGUAUGUGAAUCCAUUUUGGGGAACAGAAGGUUCGAUACCCGGUUAUACCUUCGGCGGCGGCGCCGUCUUCGUUGGAGCUUCAGUGCCCUUCGGCGUGGUCAAAUUGACCAUGGACACUUUCGUCAAGAACACCAGCAUUGCCGCGCUUCAGGGAGGGUAUACGCCCAAUGGGUUCAUCACCGGUUUCUCCAUGAUGCACGAGUCAGGCACCGGAGGUUGCUCCAAAUACGGCGUUAUCUCGCAGAUGCCGCUUACGAACAUUGAGGCACAUGUAAAUCUUCUGGACAACCGAACAUACUGGCAAGGGCGGGUUGGCAAUGAUCAAGCGAGCAUCGGAUACUUCAAGACUGAGCUCGAAAAUGGCGUCAAAACCGAGCUGAGUGCGACACGACAUGCCGGGUUCUUCCAAUAUACCUUCCCGAUGGAAGAGAAGAAGCACGUGCUUGUCGACGUGUCGCAUUAUCUACCCAAUGUCGUGGGUGGCUACUGCACACAGACAUAUCGCGAGGGCGAGAUCAAAAUAUCAGACGACAGAAAGAGCUAUCAAGGUCAUGGAACGUACGCUGGCGGCUUCAACGAGGGUGCACCGUAUACUGUGUACUUCUGCGGAGAAUUCGAGGACCCACCUGACGAGGCCGAAACUUUCGCUGGACGCGAUCAGUUCCCUGGUUUCAACUCCAUGAACCCAGAGCCACUGCCAUGGCCUACAUUUGUUUCGGAGAAUAUGACCAGUCCGCAAGGAAGUCGUGUAGGUGCUGUCUUUACCUGGAACGGCAACACAACCACGGUGCGAUCCAACGUCGGCAUAUCCUUUAUCUCUGAAGAAAAAGCAUGCAGGUUCAAAAACGAGGAGAUCAAGUCCUGGGACAUACAAACAACUGUGGAUGCAGCAGUGGAGGAAUGGAAUCGCGACGUGUUCAGCAAGAUACAAGUUGACACCGGUGAGGAUGCGAAUCAGGACCAUCUGACACUGCUGUAUUCUUCGCUGUACUUCAUGCACCUCAUUCCUUCGGAUCGGACAGGAGAAAACCCUCUUUGGGAGAGUGAAGAGCCCUACUGGGACGACUUUUAUACCUUGUGGGACACGUUUCGCAACACCAUCAGCCUUUCCCAUUUGAUUCAGACCGAGGCCUACGAAUCUCAGGUCCGCUCUUUGAUUGAUAUCUGGAGGCAUCAAGGAUAUAUGCCUGAUGGCCGCUCUGGCAACGACAACGGCUUAGUCCAGGGCGGUAGCAAUUCCGACAACGUUCUUGCUGAUGCCUAUGUGAAGGGACUACGCGGUGCGAUCAAUUGGGCUGAUGGAUAUGCAGCCAUGAUGAAGAACGCCGAGGCCCCCACAAACGGAAGCAACAAGGAAGGGCGCGGCGCGGGAGCAGACUGGCUAAAAUACGGCUACGUGAGUCAGGCGAUGCCACGAAGCAUCUCCCGUACAGUCGAGUACUCCUUGAACGACUUCGCCUUGAGCCAGGUCGCCAGGGGUGAAAAGCCAGAGGAUGUCGAAAAAUACCUGAAAAGGUCUGCGGGGUGGCAGCUACUUUGGGAUGCAACGAUGCCCAGCAAGAAUACGACGCCGGUCUUCACUGGCUUCCUUACACCGAGGGAUUACAAUGGGACAUUCAAUCAGACGGACUACAAUCCCGCAACGUGUGGUGCUUGCUCUUGGCCAUCACUCACGUACGAAGGCACGCCCUUUGAGUACUCAUUUACUAUUCCACACGACAUGGAGACCUUAGUUGAAGUAAUGGGCGGACCGGAAAGUUUCGAAGAACGUCUGGAUUACAUCUUCGUGCCUUAUACAAGUCAAAUCGAUCUCGGACCCAACGGUGCCGGCAUCAACACGAUCAUGAACAUAGGGAACGAACCCGACUUCGCAACCCCAUAUUUGUACAACUACCUCAACAAGCAAUGGAAGAGCGUGAACCAGUCCCGUGCUCAAAGUAGACAGUACUUCCGCAACACCCCGAACGGCAUGCCCGGCAACUCCGACGCCGGCGCCCUAAACUCUUGGCUGAUCUGGCAGAUGCUAGGCCUCUAUCCCAUCGUCACCACCCCAGUGUACCUCCUCGAGAGCCCUUGGUUCUCAGACAUCAACAUGACCAUCAACGGCAAUCGAACUCUUCGAAUCACGGCCGAGGGUCUGAGCGAGGACAGCUACUAUGUGCAAGGCGUGGAGAUCAAUGGGGAGCAGUGGGACAAGAACUGGUUUGAGCAUGGAGAUGUUAUGAGUGAAGGGGGGACGAUUAAGUUUGAGCUUGGGAGCGAGCCGAAGAUUUGGGAGAGUGGGGAUGUACCGCCUAGCCCGGGGCACGUUAAGUUGUAG